CUUUUACAGCUUCUCAACUAAUUAGUCAACAAUGAACUCUUAGCUUACCAAAACGUCUCACAUCCAUCUCUUUCGUCUCCAAUCUCCAACUCCAUCCCCGUCCCCCCCUUUCUCUCUCUACACUUUCUCUCUCUUCAUGGGCAGCACAGACGAGCCCAACAAACACUCCAAUCUCGAAAACCCAUCUUCCUCACCCACCACCCAACCCCUCCUCUCCAAACCCCCUUACUCUUUUCCUUCACCCAUCGACGAACCACCGUCCAACAACGACCCCACCACCUCCGAACCAGACCCUAACCACUAUCUCCAGAUCUCCUACAAUUACGGCCGUCGACCCAUCAAAGACCUAUCCUUUCUCAUCGUCUUCGCCCUCUUCGUCCUCUCCACUUUCGCCUUCGGCAUCUUCGCCUCCGUCAAUCGAAACCCUAAUUCCUCCAACAUCUCCUCCUUCGUCUACGACUCUAACUCCUCUUCGUGCGUCGAUCAAUCAUCGUCCACCCUUUCCUCAAUCGAUACCACUCUUUCUUUCUACUACUACUCUUCCUCUUCUUCGGGUGUGUUGAAGUAUUUGAUAUGGACACUUGUAAUUACUUUGAUUCUGAGCGUACCCUUUGCGCUCUGUGUCCUUUUGUUACUGAAGCAUUACACCAAACAGAUUGUCUACAUUUCGCUUCCUUUCUUCGUUAUAGUACCAAUCUUCAUAAAUGUAUAUUGGUUCGUGGCGUGUACAGUUAGCUCAACUUGUAGUGAUGCGUUUCCGUUGGCUUACCGGAUUUUGGUGUUCGUCUUUUUGUUUCUGAUUGUGGGUGUGAUUGUAUGGAUUUUCGUGGUGAACUGGCAUCGAAUUGAGCUGACUGUGAGCAUAAUUGGGGUUGCAUCCAAUGCAUUGUUGAGAAAUUUGAGGCUUUUCGGCGUGCUUCCUGCUUUGACUUUGAGUUUGUUCGUUUAUUACGCACCAAUUGUUGUGUUCUUGGUGUUGGCGAGGCAAAAUGGGGAGAUUGUGGUGCGAGAAGAGAGUGAAGAAUAUUAUUGUGCUUGGAAGCAAGAUAGUUGGGUGCCUGCUUACUAUGCUCUGGCAAUUCUUACAAUGUUGUGGUCCGCCGCCGCGAUGGUUGAGGCACAGGCGUAUGUGAUUAGUGGGACUAUUGCACAAUGGUACUUCUCAAAAGAUGAUUUGAAGCCAAGGAAGAGUAUAAGAAGUUCUUUGAGAAAUGCCUUCGGUCCCUCUUCUGGCACAGUAUGUUUGUCUGGAUUACUUAUUUGUGUUGUUCGUGUGGUGCGCGCUGUGGUCGAUAUUGCGCAAGAAGAGGCUCCUGGGAUGUUGAACCUCAUACUCCGAUGCUGCGUUAACACGCUGCUGACAGCUAUUGACUUUCUUAAUAAAUUCACCAUUAACUUUGCAGCCAUAACUGGUGAAGCUUAUUGCACUUCUGCACGGAUGACGUAUGAGCUUCUAAAGCGUAAUCUUCUUUCAGCAGUUUUCGUAGAGAUUGUCUCCACUCGUAUAUUGGCUGGAAUAUGUUUGGUUCUCUCAGCUAUUUAUGCAAUCGUGGUCUAUGCCAUAGUAAACGCUGCCAGCAAUCUUGGGGUGGACUCUUACUUUGUGGCAGUUAUGGCAUGGGUGCUUCUGACUGUGGUGCUGGGUUUUUUUGUGCAUGUGCUGGACAAUGUGAUUGACACGGUAUACGUGUGCUAUGCAAUAGACAAGGAUAAGGGAGAGGUAUAUAAACAGGAGGUUCAUGAGGUUUAUGUUCACCUCCCCAUCAGUAGGAACCAUAGAUCGUCUCUUGAUACCAGAACUCCGCUUGUAUAAAUUGUGUCCCCUCGUAUUUCAUUUUUGUGUUGUAAUCUGCCUUCCAUUUGCUCUCCUUUUGGAGGUAUAACUCCCAUUCGUUGAGUUGUGCAUAUCCAUAAAUGUUGCAUUGUACAAUUGAGGUUUGUUUAUUGAAGUAUUGAAUUUUGGAACAAA